AUGCAAUCAACAAUCUAAUUAUGGAAGAAAAUAAAAGCCAAUAUGCAAUCCAGAUUUCCUAAUCUUAAGAGCGCCUUUGACUCAAUAGAUCAAAAUAACAAUGGAACUAUAGAUAUUGAAGAACUUACUCAAGAACUUUAAUUUAACCAUGAAAUUACUUCUAAUAAGUAUUUUAUUCAAAUCAUCUAUUUUAGUUAAAUCUUAGAAAUCUUUAAUUUACUAAAUUCAUCAAAAAACUCAGAGAUUACUAGAGAGGAAUUUGAAAAAGUUUGGAUGUCUGAUGAUUCAUAAUUAUCAAUUCAAAUCAACGAACUCUCAAUCUAAAAUCAAAAAAUUAAAACAUACCUAUUACCUCAAUAAUAAUCAACUAAACUCACAAAAUCUGGAACUUCAUAAUAAUUUUCUAAUCUCUUUGAUAGUUAUAAAUCCAAUAAUUCUCCAACUAAAUACAUUAACAUUUAAGGAGAUUUUACUAUUAAUUAAUUUAAUACUCCUCCAAUCAUAGAUAAAACAGCUUCUUAAUUAGAAGUUAUUUCUCCACCAAAAUUAGAUUAAUAUCCAAAGCUUAAAUAAGAAGCAAAGGACGAUAAAUUUAGAGAAAUGUAGAAAUAAAUUUCAUAUUUAUUUAAUUGCAAAAAUGAGUAAUAGAAAGCAGCCCCCAUAAGUAAAUAAAACUUUGAUGGUUUAAUGAAUAAUUUUAAACUUGCUAAGAAAUCUUGUAUAAAUCAAGCACUUAAAACUAAAUAGCCAUUUUUAUCCAAUUAAAUUUCCUUAUAAAAUUAUGCCUUUCAAUUUAAUGAUAUGAAAAUGUAAUUCAAUUCAAAAUUUAAUGGAGAAAAACCAAGUAACAUAAUGAAAACUUUUAGUUAUAAUAAAAAAUGA